AUGGAUUAUUUGCUGGUUUUGUGCAGCCUUUUGCUGCCUGUGGUGUCUGCUGUUGAAGAGACACUUAUGGACAGCAAGUGGGCCACAACCGAGCUAGCAUGGACCACUUAUCCAGAAAGCGGGUGGGAGGAAGUCAGUGGCUAUGACGACUCCAUGAAUCCCAUCCGAACGUACCAGGUGUGUAACGUCCUGGAGCCCAACCAGAACAACUGGCUUCGGACAGACUUCAUCCCACGCCGAGGUGUGCUGCGCGUCUACGUGGAGCUCAAGUUCUCCGUGCGGGAUUGUGCUAGUAUUCCCAACAUCCCCGGCUCUUGCAAAGAAACUUUCAAUCUGUUUUAUUAUGAGUCCGAUGGAGACACGGCGACGGCGAACAGCCCACAGUGGCGGGAGAAUCCUUACGUGAAGGUGGACACUAUUGCCCCUGACGAGAGCUUCUCUCUGCUAGAGUCGGGGAUCGUGAACACCAAAUUGCGCAGCUUUGGACCUCUAUCCAGAGCUGGUUUCUACCUGGCCUUCCAGGACUUGGGUGCUUGCAUGUCCCUGAUCUCCACCCGGGUCUUCUUCAAGAAGUGCUCCACUACCAUUGCCAGCUUCGCAGUCUUCCCCGAAACAGCGACAGGUGCAGAGGCCACUUCGCUGGUCAUUGCUACCGGUGCGUGUGUACCUAAUGCUGUCGAGGUUUCAGUCCCUCUCAAGCUCUACUGCAAUGGAGAUGGCGAGUGGAUGGUUCCCGUGGGAUCCUGCACCUGCAUGCCAGGCUUUGAGCCAGCCAAGAAAGACACCCAGUGUCAGGCAUGCACGCCCAGCUCCUUCAAGUCCAAGCAGGGCGAAGGCUUCUGCACCCCGUGUCCACCUUUCAGCCGGGCCGUGUCAUCCGCGUCCAGCGUGUGCCCGUGUCAGAACGGUUACUACCGUGCCGACGGUGACUCUCCUGACUCGUCCUGCACCACUGUCCCUUCAGCCCCUCUCAGCGUGAUCUCCAGCAUCAACGAGACGUCCGUGUAUCUGGAGUGGGCGAAGCCACGUGACUCGGGCGGCCGAGCCGACCUCGUGUACAACGUGGUGUGUAAGAAGUGCGAGCACGGCGCCUGUGUGCGCUGCGACGACAACGUCGAGGUCGCGCCACGGCGCCUGGGCCUCGCCGAGAGACACGCAGCCGUCAGGAACCUGCAAGCCCACACGCACUACAGCUUCGAGAUCCAGGCCGUCAACGGCGUCUCGCCCAAAAGCCCCGUCACGCCGCGCUACGCCACCGUCAAUAUAACCACCAAUCAGGCGGCACCUUCAGCUGUACCCACGGUGCACCUCAUGCGCUCCACAGCGAGCACCCUCAGCCUCUCCUGGCUGCCUCCAGAGCGACCCAACGGCGUCAUCUUGGAUUAUGAGAUCAAGUACCAAGAGCAGAAUUCUGGUGAGUCGUUCUCUCACACGGUCACAGCUCAGACCAGCUCAGCGAGGGUGGAGGGGCUGAAAAUGGGGACGGUGUACACGGUGCAGGUUCGAGCUCGCACCGUGGCCGGCUACGGCAGCUACAGUCACCCAGUGGACUACAGCACCAGCCUACAUGAUGAUCCAGAGCGCUCUGUGCAGGACCAGCUGCCUCUCAUCAUCGGCUCGGCCUUGGCCGGCUUCGUCGUCAUCGUAGCCACAGUGGUCAUCGCUGUUCUCUGCCUCAGGAGGCAGCGCACAGGCUCUGAGCUGGAGUACACAGAGAAACUGCAGCAGUAUGUGUCCCCAGGUGUGAAAGUCUACAUCGACCCUUUCACUUACGAGGACCCCAACGAGGCGGUGCACGAGUUCGCCCGCGAGAUUGACAUCUCCUGCGUGAAGAUCGAGGAAGUCAUCGGAGCAGGGGAGUUUGGAGAGGUGUGUCGCGGGAGGCUAAAGCAGCCCGGCAGGAAGGAAGUGGCCGUGGCCAUCAAAACUCUGAAAGCGGGCUACACGGAGCACCAGAGACGUGACUUCCUGGCCGAGGCGAGCAUCAUGGGCCAGUUUGAUCAUCCCAACGUCAUCCACCUGGAGGGGGUGUUGACCAGGAGCUGCCCGGUGCUGAUAGUUACCGAGUUCAUGGAGAACGGAGCUUUGGACUCCUUCCUCAGGCUCAAUGAUGGCGGGUUCACGGUGACCCAGCUCGUCGGCAUGCUGCGAGGCAUCGCAGCCGGAAUGAAGUACCUCUCUGACAUGAACUACGUCCACCGCGACUUGGCAGCGCGCAACGUCCUCGUUAACAGCAACCUGGUGUGCAAAGUUUCCGACUUUGGCCUCUCACGCUUUCUGGACGAGAACUCGUCUGACCCGACCUACACCAGCUCCCUGGGUGGAAAAAUCCCGAUCCGCUGGACGGCCCCCGAGGCCAUCGCCUUCCGCAAGUUCACUACAGCCAGUGACGUAUGGAGCUACGGCAUUGUCAUGUGGGAGGUGAUGUCGUUCGGAGAGCGGCCCUACUGGGACAUGAGCAACCAGGAUGUGAUGAACGCGGUGGAGCAGGACUACAGGCUUCCUCCACCUAUGGACUGCCCAGCCGUUCUUCAUCAACUGAUGCUCGAGUGCUGGCUGAAGGAGCGUAACGCACGGCCACGCUUCGCCCACAUCGUUAGCACGCUGGACAAGCUGCUGCGCAACGCCGCCAGCCUCAAAACGCUCACCUCCGCACACUCAGGGGAUCUGUAUCGUAUUGGCGGGACCCUGCCUGGCCACCAGAGGAAGAGUUUAGGCGGCGUGCAGGACAUGAGACAAAUGAGCCAAACUCUCCCAAUCCGAGUCUGAAGAGAAUCCGGAUCGGAAACCCGACCGCACCUCUGAGGAACACUUCAUCAUUCGUAACACCACCGGAGACUCGGAGAACCUCUUUCGUGCAGUAUUUUGGAAAUAUAAAUCAUCAAACUCCAUCAAAACUGAGCAACUUUGAAGAACCUUUGGGCUUCCCAAAACGGAAACGUGUGUGUAUAAAUUACUCGGACUGUAUUCAAUUCUUUUUUUUUUUUUCUUUUUGAAUUUUUUUUUUUUUUUUUUGCAC